AUGGAAUAACACCCAAAUUCAAGGAUAGCCUUAAUAAUAAUUUUAUUAUUUUUAGGUUGUUUAUCUCAAAUUUUUUGUUUUUAAAGUUAUGAAGAAGCUAUACUAUCAUCAAGUAUAGAAGUUUUGGAAUAAUCAGUCAACGUGGAUAAUUCAGUAGAUGGAAAUACUUAUGGAAUUGGAUUUUGGAGUAUGAGUGUACCUUUAAUGAAUAAUAAAUAAAAUAUAGAUUUUGAUAAUCCCUAUGAUUCUAGUAAAGGAGAAUUUGGAUAAUUGUUAAUGUUAAUGCAAGAUUCUGAAACAAAAUCAAAUAGUAUUCUGGUUUCUUUAUACUUGGAUUAUGAAAAUUUGAAAGUUCAACAUAAGGUAUAAAUUAUUGAUCAAUUAUCAACAUAAAUGUUAAUAUUUAAAUUUGAUGGUUUAGUAUAUGAAGGAAAAUGGAUAUUUAAUUUAAUUUUAAUAUAACCAAAGCUUCAAAUGGUUCUUGUUUAGAUGAGUGAUUAAGAAAAAUAAACUGUAGAAUUUAAUUCAGAAACUUAAUUAAAUUUAAAAUUUAUUUUAGGAGGAAGAGGAUAUGUAAAUAUUUUAUAAUAAUAAAGAUUAAUGAUAUGAAUCUAAAUACAUUUAAAGGUGUAUUAUCAAGAUUAAUUUUUAUACCAUCUUUAUUUUAUACUGAGACUACAUUUGAUGAUUUAAUUAAAAACAAUAUAAUUCCUUAAAAAAAAGAAGGUGAAAAAAUUAUUAAUAUUGUAUUUGGAUUGCAUAUUUUUGAUGGAACUUAUGCUCAAUAACAAACUAUUGACUAAUAUGGAAAUAAAUACAUUCUAUCAGGAUGGGCGAAAUAUAUAAUAAAAGAUGGAGAUGAUAAAUAAUAUACAUUAUUGAGAAUGACCGCUUUUUUGAAUUAUGAACAUGAGAUAUAAUUGGGAGAUGAAUUAUUUAUGAUUGAAGUUUUUUUAUCAAAUAGCAAUCCUGAAUAAACUAAGAUGAUUGUAAAUGCAGAUGCAUUUAGUAUGCCAAUUUAAUAAUCCUUUUAAUCUUAGUUUGAUUCUACUUUUUAAGGAUCUUAGAACUCAAAUUAUUAAAUAGUUUAAUCCAAAAGAAUAUUUCAAAAUUUAAACAAUAAAUAGUAUUAUGAAGGAUUAUAGUAAUGGCAUUAUAUUUAAUAUGAAUAUGGAAGAAGUAAUUCAUAAGAAAGAAUGCUUUUUUAAUCUCAAUUUUAUAAUGAAUUGGGAUUAAUUACAGAAAGUCUUGGAAAUGACAUUUUUGGAGGUUCAUUUACAAAUUAUAAAUUUUAUUUAUUUUUUGGUAGAGACAACUUUAAUAAUAAUUUAUUACAAGCAGAAAUUUAUGAUUUUAAGAUAAGCUUUAAUUACAAUGAAGAUAAAGAAUUUAUUUAAUGUAUAUGAUUUUUGAAUAUAUUUAGAUUGUCAUAAUACUUGUUUGACUUGUGAUGGUCCAUUAUAUAAUAAUUGUUUAAGUUGUGAUGAAAAUUAACAUAGAUAUUUUUAAAUUGAUACUUUUUAGUGUAGAUGCCUUUAAGGAUAUUUUGAAUUUGAAUAAGGAAAAUGUACUGAUUAAUUUUAUUCUUCAAUAUCUCUAAGUGAAGAUAUUAUUGAAAAUCCUUUCGUUUGUCCAAUUGGAUAUUUUAGACUUCCUAUUGAUGAUAAUAAUUAUGAAUGUAAAUAAUGGUAAUUAAUAAUAUUAUUUAAUAUAGUCCAUAAUCAAUUAACUCUAUAUAGUGUUUAGAAUGUUAUUAUUAUUAUAAAACAUGGUAUAUAAAACCAGUUUGUAAAUAUGA